AUGGUCCUGGUACGCGCCUUUCUUCACUACCACCGCUGUUACCAUGAACCCGAUUUUUGGCAAGGUCUUGUUGCCUGGCCCAAGAAACGCCACAAUCUUGGGCCUGAAGCCGCCCAAGCCCUCCACUAUUGCCUCGUCGCUGGCCGCAGUGCAUAUAUGCAGGGGGCAAAUACCGAACAAGAAUCUCCUCUGACCCGCAUCCUUGAUCAAUGGAUCUGUUCGCUCGCCAAGGUCACUCAACAUCCACCUACCGUGCCCGAUGCAAAGGCAAGACAGCUCUUGCGUGAAGAUUGGGCACGUCUCCUACGAGAAGGGCAUCUCAGCCAGCUCGCAACUCGUGAGCGUCCCUGGCGGCCAGCUAAGUCAAGCCCCGUGGCAAACGAACGGCAACGUCAGAAAGAAGACGGAGAUGACGACAAGGAGCCUAAAGACGACCCUGCCAUGAAAUCCAAGCAGCUCAAGGAGCCCAGGAGUAAGCAUCUCUUCUCAGAUCGUCUCGGACAAAUGGAGACGGUGACAAGCGGCAUGAAUACUCGCAUUGAAGUAUUGCGGGAUGAGCUUGUUGAACAAUUCGCCCGCCGAAACAAAGAUGUCGAGGUCGUAAAAGGAUGGCAUCAGGAGCACGAUUUGACCAUUGCUUCCCUCAGUCGAUUGAUCGUGGGACUGGAGGCCCGUCUGGAGAACGCUGAGAGAGAGCUGUUGCUCGUGCGGAAGGAGCUGGACGAGCACAUCAGCGGCUACUGCAAUGGGACGAAGCAGGUUGCCCCUGCCCAGCGAUCAAGACCAUCAACUGGAGGGUUUCAGAGAGGACAACGACCCGCCUGGUCCUAG